AAUAUUGCUUUUUGUUUUAAUGCCGACUCUACGGCCAUUAUGAACUGCAUCCGGCUCACCACUUUUCUCCACGGUGAGUUCCGGCACUGACGUACGCUCUCGUCGCUUCAUUCGUUUUCGUUCGAUUGUAGCCUUCCGCGAAUACAAUCCGUUGUGUCCGUCUUUCUGGUUUUCUGGCAUCCCUACCAGCGCGAGAACACUCUCGGACUAGUAUAGACUAGUCCUAUAAAUUGGUGACCCCGAUUCGCACGCGCGAAUCUUCAACUUUUUUGAUCGUCUCGUUUUUCGGUGAGUUCGUUCCGAGUUGUUUUUUUUCAUAAUCCCUGGUGGAUUGUUUUCCGUCCAUUUCGUUUUUAUAUCCAUUCGUGUUAUUUAUAUACUAUGUCUGACGCUGAUGUAAAACCCGGAUCGGGCGGCAGCAUGAAUUUGCUCACCUUGGCUGUUCCGGAUUUUAUGGCACACAAGCCCAACGUCUGGUUCGCCAUUUUUGAGAUAGAGUUAGAAAACAGAGGGAUCUCUUCCGACCAAGCUAAAUACAACCAACUCGUCCCACGCCUUCCGCAACAGGUGGUGACAUUGGUCGAAGACGUACUGCUUCACCCACCUAAAGACGGUAAAUACGAAGCAAUGAAGCAGUUGAUUCUAAAGGAGUCGCAACCCAGCGCUCGUGCUCGAUUGGAGCAACUCUUUCAUAGCACUAAGCUAGGCGAUCGCAAGCCUUCAGUUUUGCUCCGCGAUAUUCAACAGAUUGCUGGCCCUUCGUACAUGAGUGAAGAGGCAUUAAAAGAAUUGUGGCUCUCACGUUUACCUGAUCCUCUUCCUUUAAUGCUCGUAGCAAAUCCAAAUAGAUCACUCAAAGAGUUGGCCAUAACCGCGGACGCAGCCUUUGAGAGAAUCCCUCAAAACAUGAAGGCAUCCAGCAGCAUUUUCGUCACAUUAGCGGAUAAAGACUUGAAUGCAAAAGCGCCCGCGCAAGCAGACCCCAGAGACGAAGAGAUAGCCGCACUUCGCCGUGAAUUAGCAACCGUGCAGUUAGAAAGACAAGGCUUACUAAGACCUCACGCUGACCACGAAAUUGCCGCCGUUCGUCACGGUGCCUAUCAGCCCCGACCCCCACCGUACAGAUCCAGGUCACCGCGCAGACGCAGUCCAUCACCCCCUCGCAGCCGAACCCGAAGUGCCAAUUUAAUCGAUGAUUUGUGUUGGUAUCAUCGACAGUAUGCGUGGUGUAGUGGCACAGGGAAACUAGUUCGCCGGCACGUGAAUGCGGCCCACGCGUCCGGCAGCGACAAAACAGGCCGUCUGUUUUACGUCAAGGAUAGGCGCUCUCGCCUCACUUUCCUUAUCGACACAGGAGCCGAAGUGAGCGUUAUCCCUGCCAGCGCGCAUGACAAGCAUACAAAGCCCACGUACAAUCUACGGGCAGCCAACGGCUCGCCGAUAGCUUCAUACGGUCAGCGCAUGAUGAACCUAGAUUUAAAUCUCCGCAGAGACUUUCACUGGGUUUUCACGGUUGCGUCAGUACCUUUCGCAAUUAUCGGCAUCGAUUUUCUUCGCCAUUUCGGAUUGCUUGUCGACGCGGGUCGCAACAGAAUUUUAGAUGAUCAUACGAAACUAAGGGUUGAUGGCGUCCUUUCAGAUGCCCCGGUAAUCAGCCCUGUAUUUCGGAUCGCAGACGCACCGUCCGACUACUUGAGCCUCCUCUCCGAACACCCGCGACUGGUUCGACCGGCUGUAGAGCUUCCACCAGUCACGACAGAGGUCGCUCACCACAUAGUUACGCGCGGUCAACCAGUUAGCGCACGGCCAAGACGGCUUGCUCCAGACAAACUACGGGCAGCACGAGCCGAAUUUGACCACAUGCUUCAACUUGGUAUCGUCAGACCGUCCAACAGCCCAUGGGCGUCGCCUCUGCACAUGGUCCCGAAGAAGGUUAUGGGGGACUGGCGUCCUUGCGGCGACUAUCGAUCCUUGAAUACGGUAACCACGCCUGAUCGCUAUCCGAUACCACACAUAGUGGAUCUCACCGCCAGUCUGGCGGGUAAAAGUAUCUUCAGCAAAAUCGACUUGGUACGCGCAUACAACCAAAUUCCGGUAGCCGAGGCGGACAUCGCUAAAACUGCCGUGACGACUCCAUUUGGUUUGUUCGAGUUUCUGCGCAUGCCAUUUGGCCUAAAGAACGCCGCGCAAACUUUUCAGCGUUUCAUCGACCAAGUUUGUCGCGGCUUAGACUUCGCUUACGCGUAUCUUGACGACAUUUUAAUCGCAAGCUCUUCACGAGAAGAGCACAUACGCCACGUACGAACACUUUUUGAUCGUUUAUCUCAACACGGGGUGACGAUCAACGCAGAAAAGUGUUCGUUUGGUGUCGAUUCAGUUAAUUUCCUGGGCCAUCGUAUCUCUUCUGCAGGCGUCGUGCCACUGCAAGAUAAAAUUCAAGCCAUUAUCGACUACCCCGAGCCUCAUUCUUUCAAACAGCUCAGGCGUUUUGAUGGCCUGGUCAACUUUUACCGUCGAUUUAUACCCAACUGCGCCUCUCUGAUGCAACCCCUCACGGACCUUCUCCGAGGGAAACUAAAGACGUUCGAAUUUCCUACCGCAGCACGCGCUGCUUUUAAGUCGCUGAAAGAGGCUAUCGCCAACAUAGCUUCCAUAGCGCAUCACGAUCCGACCGCCCCACUGUCCCUUAGUACUGACGCCUCGGACGUCGCGGUCGGCGCUGUUUUGCAGCAACGCGUAGCCGACACGUGGCAGCCCUUAGCGUUUUUCUCCAAACGCCUACAACCUACCGAAUCUCGCUACAGCACGUUCGGUAGAGAACUACUUGCCGUAUAUCUAGCGAUACGUCACUUUCGACACGUCCUAGAAGGCCGCUCCUUUGUCGUCUUCACCGACCACAAACCCCUAACUUACGUGCUCGGCUCGACUACCGACCGAUACUCUCCUAGAGAGUCGCGCCACCUUGACUAUAUCGCUCAGUUUACGACCGAUAUACGGCAUGUCUCAGGUGUGCACAACGCCGUCGCCGAUGCACUUUCCCGCAUUCAAGCUAUCUCCGCUGACGCCGGCACUGCUAUCGACUUGGCAGCCAUGGCCACAGCACAACUCAACGAUCCUGAGGUUGAUCUACUACGCAGGUCUCCCUCAUUGGACAUACGACCCGUUCCGCUGACAUCAUCAGACGGAACGAUACUCUGCGAUUUAUCUCUGGGCACGCCGCGCCCAGUCGUCCCACGUGAGUUUCGGCAGACCGUGUUCGACGCGUUGCACGGCUUGUCUCAUCCAGGCGUUCGUGCAUCGGUUAAACUCGUAACCGCACGAUUCGUUUGGCGCAAUGUUAAUCGGGACGUCCGUACUUGGGCAGCUGCUUGCCUUCCGUGUCAACGCGCGAAGGUACACAAGCACACGAGAAGCCCAUUAGGCACGUUUCCGACGCCAGACGCACGUUUUCAUCACGUGCACGUCGACCUCGUAGGUCCUCUGCCGCCUUCCAAAGGCUCGGUAUAUCUACUGACCUGCAUCGAUCGAUUUACUAGAUGGCCUGAGGCCGUCCCCAUCCCAAAUUGCUCCUCGGAAACAGUAGCGAAAGCUUUUCUGGAGCGCUGGGUAGCACAAUACGGCUGUCCCGCCAUCGUGACCACCGAUCGAGGGUCACAUUUCUCGUCGACAUUUGCCAUGUUGCUUAAGGAUUUAGGCUGUCGCCACGUCCAGACGACGGCGUAUCAUCCGGCCGCUAACGGCAUGGUGGAGCGUUUUCACCGCCAGUUGAAGGCAGCGCUACGUGCGCACGCAGAUCCUUCAUGGUCUGAAACGCUUCCCCUCGUUCUUCUAGGCUUAAGAAACACGGUUAAAACCGAUUUCGACGCCACACCAGCGCAGCUAGUCUACGGUUGCACGCUGCGGUUGCCCGGACAGCUGGUAGCACCAGCCCCAUGUACUUCCACUUUUGACUACGGAAGUUACACUGAUCGAUUGGCUCACCAGAUGCGUGAGCUACGUCCACCCGCUCCUCGAUCGCAGAAGACACCAGUGUACGUGCCCGAGAAGCUGUCUACGUGUUCACACGUCCUUCUUCGCGCAGACGGUGUUCGACAGCCUCUUCAGUCGCCGUACAUAGGACCCUUCAAGGUGCUGCAUCGUGCGAGUAAGGCGUACACUAUUGACCGCGGUGGUCGACACGAAGUCGUCACCAUCGACCGUCUAAAACCCGCCUUUAUGGAAGAAAACCCCUCGCCUACUUCGUCUAGUAGUGCCUCGUGCGACGUCACAACUCACCGUACCAAUUUUCCGCAUUCUAGUGAAGUCCAACCAGACCACGAUCACGGUCUGCAAGCUUCAGCAGUUCCGACAUCACCCGAACCUAGUCCGCCGCCUCCCACGACCAAUCGCCGUGGUCGGGAGGUACGUAAGCCCGUUCGCUUCUCCGACUAUGUACAGUGUAAAUACUUUUAACUUUGUAGAUAUUGUAUAUAUUUGCCUCGUUUUUGGUCGAUUAACGUUUUGAAAACAAACAAAAAUAUCAAAAACCCCCGAAAAACCUUUUUCGAAAAAAUAUUCAAAAACCAAAAAAUAUUUAAACACGCAGCUCAUUCGUUUGUUCUUUUUGGCGUUUUCUGCGCGUGUUUUUCUAUUUUCUCGUCUUUACAUGCCCCAACCCUCCCCUUCGAUCGACUGGCCCACACGAGGAAUGUUUUCGAGGACCCUGACGCGGACACUGGUCGUUUCUCCGCGGGACGAGGAUCGCUUCUCCGCGAGACGAGGGUCGCUUCUCCGCGGGACGAGGAUCGCUUCUCCGCGGGACGAGGGUCGCUUCUCCGUGGGACCAUGGUCGUUUUCUUCGUGGGACGAGGGUCGUUAUGGCGCGGGGCGGGGUGCGGCGGGGGGAGAGACCACUCCCAAGCGCACCGUUUGGCAGCAGCGGAGGUUGAGGUCCUGUCGGCCUUUUUCUGGACUAGCCAGUUUUUUUGUAGUCCGACAAGCCCGCUCCAACGGCUCGCCGAAAUGCACCCUGCCCUGCAAUCAAUAAAUAAUAAAGACCGGACGGCACAGCGGAUACAAAUUUUCGGCUACAUUUUUUUUCGAUCCCGAGCAGACUCUUCUUUGUAUACCAGAACCUUUUGCAAACUUUGGAUCCACAACCAGUUGAUUUCGAAGGCUUCUUCGUUCAGCCUUCUAGGAGGGGAGCUCUGUAGCAACCCAAAAGAUAUUUCUUGUUUUUUGUACACUUUUAUUACUCAGUCAUAAAAUAUUGCUUUUUGUUUUAAUGCCGACUCUACGGCCAUUAUGAACUGCAUCCGGCUCACCACUUUUCUCCACGGUGAGUUCCGGCACUGACGUACGCUCUCGUCGCUUCAUUCGUUUUCGUUCGAUUGUAGCCUUCCGCGAAUACAAUCCGUUGUGUCCGUCUUUCUGGUUUUCUGGCAUCCCUACCAGCGCGAGAACACUC